AUGAACAAGGUCGUUGAAGGUGAUGUUUACUUCCAGCAGCGUAGGGAUGCAGCUGGAAGGUUAGGUUUAUCACCUCUGCAAAAAUGUACAGCGGCGAUAAGAAUGUUAGGCUAUGGCAUGGCUGCGGACGCCGUGGAUGAAUACGUUCGGAUCAGUGAGUCAACCGCUCGAGUUGCCCUUCAACGUUUUUGUACUGGUGUCAUUGCGCAGUUCGGAACCGAGUACAUGCGAAACCCUACAACUGAUGAAUUGGCCAGAAUACUGCAUCAAAAUGAACUGCGUGGUUUUCCAGGCAUGAUAGGCAGCAUUGAUUGCAUGCAUUGGGAAUGGAAGAACUGUCCAACGGCAUGGAAAGCGCAGUACGCCGGUAGGAACAAGAAAGCAACGCUAAUACUGGAAGCCGUUGCAGAUCAGGAUUUAUGGAUAUGGCAUUCCUUCUUUGGGAUUCCUGGAUCUUGUAAUGACCUAAAUGUCUUAUACCGUUCCCCAGUGUUCGAUGAGGUUCUGCAUGGUCGAACUCCUCCGGUAAAUUUUACCGUUAACGGCCAUGAAUACAACAUGGCAUAUUACUUAGCCGACGGUAUUUAUCCGAAGUGGGCAACUUUUGUUCAGGGUAUCACAACCCCUCAACUUCAAAAAGAUAAAUUGUUCGCUUACCACCAGACUGCUGCUCGAAAGGACGUUGAAAGAGCAUUCGGUGUUUUGCAAGCUCGAUUUGCAAUAAUACGAAAACCGUCACUGGCGUACGAUGAGGACAUACUGCGAGACAUAAUGAAAGCAUGUAUCAUUAUGCACAACAUGAUUGUUGAAGAUGAGCGCCACAACUACACUCGAGCCGAAGUUCUAAGAGCCUUCUUCGAAGAAGAACAACAAGAAUCAACACCAGCAUCAACAUCUACAACGCCACCGUUUGAAUUCAACGUAGGCCGACCUACAAACUUUGACUUCAACGCAUUUCUACAGCGAAAAGCUUCCCUCCGUGACAGAGAAAUUCAUCUAUCUCUGAAACGUGAUUUAGUCGAACAUAUUUGGCAACGAUACGGGCCACGUAAUUAG